CCGAAACCGCCGGCGCGCGGAGCGUUUGGCCUUUGGCGCUGCCCCCGGCCCGCCCGGCCAGUCUGGGGCUCGGGUUUUUCAGUCUUGCCCGGUUUUUUUGCCCGGCCCCCAUUCAUUUCAACAUUGCCCUACUUGCCCGACCCGGUAGUCCGAGUCGCAUCCAUGCGCCCGCAAGUAUAG